GUCACCGGCUCUCAAGGCCUCCAUAAACCUCUCUCUGAACAUCACACACUCCCUCUCUCUCUAAAUUUCCCAAUCUCUAUUCUCUCUGCCCAUCCGGCAAAACUUUCCGGCGACUUUGCUCAUCGGUACAUUUCGAGUCUCCGGUGUUCUUUGUUAAGAUGGUUUUGAUGAUAUAUUGUAGUGAAGAAGCCUAGGCGCUAGGCGAAUCUCCAGCGUUUGGUUCCUUCCGUCACAACUCCGGUAGAUGGGUUGUUUUCAGUCUACAGUAAGAAAGCAGUUUCCCGGUCACGAAAACCCUGUAGUUCUUGCUUCCGAAACAGCCUUUAGUGUUAGUGAAGUGGAAGCAUUAUUUGAGCUGUUCAAGAGUAUCAGCAGUUCAGUGAUUGAUGAUGGGUUGAUAAACAAGGAAGAGUUUCAGUUGGCUUUAUUCAAGAACAGAAAGAAAGAGAACCUUUUUGCUAAUCGGAUUUUUGACCUCUUUGAUGUGAAGCGAAAGGGAGUCAUUGAUUUUGGUGAUUUUGUUAGAGGGCUUAAUGUAUUCCACCCCAAUGCCCCACUAGAGGAUAAGAUCAACUUUUCAUAUAGGCUUUAUGAUUUGGAUGGCACAGGGUUCAUUGAGCGCCAAGAGGUUAAACAAAUGUUGAUAGCACUUCUGUGCGAGUCUGAAAUGAAGUUGGCUGAUGAAACCAUUGAGAUAAUACUGGAUAAGACAUUUUUAGAGGCAGAUACGAACCAGGACGGAAAGAUUGAUAAAUGUGAAUGGAAUACUUUUGUGACCAAAAACCCUUCGUUGCUGAAGAUAAUGACGCUUCCAUAUUUAAGGGACAUAACUACGACGUUUCCAAGCUUUGUUUUCCAUUCCGAAGUUGAUGAAGUUGCUACAUAAGUGUGAUGAGUCAAUCUAGUUUAGCUUUUCCUGCUUAUGUUUUUUCCAGCUAUUCUAAGUUUUGGUCAUAGGAAAGGCAGCAGUGUAUGGCAACUCAAAAACUUAGUUCUCUGGAGAGCUGUGGUGGCCGAGGGCAAGCUGCUCUAGUUGUAAAGUGAUUCUAUUUAGGCCAUUGCAAGCCAUGUAUUGCCUGUUGAUAAUAGUGAUUAGUGUAGUGAAAUUGUGUUGCGAUUUCAUGAAUUUUGGCCGACACACACAACAAUUGUUGUUGUGCCUUUAGUAGAAUUCGGAAAUCUGCCUUGACUGCAUGGUUUUUUUUUUUUUUUUUUUCCGUAUGUUAGAGUGAAUAUUUUGAUGUACAAGUUUUCAAGAGGAAAAGAAAUCUUUUAACACUUUUUA